UCCGCUGUCAUGCCACAGUUAUGUUGUGUCCCUAUGUCUCUCUUCUUGAGUCUCUAUGAAAAUUGUAGUGUCAUUCAAUUUUAUGUAUGACGGGUAAUUAUAUUUGAGACUUUAUAGACGAAAUACAACAAUGGCUCUAUUAACAGAAAAUGGAAAAGGAUGUUUACCUGAUUACGAGGUACAAGGGGCAAAAAAAGUGAGUUUCAGUCCUUAUUCUGACAACGGAGGGAGCGUGGUGGCUCUGGCAGGGGAUGAUUUCUGUGUCAUAGCUGCGGAUACCCGUCUUAGCACGGGAUUUUCAAUCUAUACUCGAGAACAGGAUAAAUUAUUCCCUUUGUCAAACACCACUAUUCUAGGAUGCUCUGGUUGCUGGUGCGAUACUUUGACUUUAACUCGUCUCUUAUCCGCUCGCAUGCAGAUGUAUCAACAUGAACAUCAAAAAGAAAUGACAACUCCAGCAGCAGCACAGAUGCUUUCAAUAAUGCUGUAUCAUAAAAGAUUCUUCCCUUAUUAUGUCAGUAAUAUACUUGCUGGAUUAGAUGAGAAUGGAAAAGGAUGCAUAUAUAGUUACGAUCCAAUUGGACAUUGUGAAAAAACUACAUAUAGAGCUGGUGGUUCAGCAGGUGCACUUUUACAACCACUUCUUGAUAAUCAGAUUGGAUUCAAGAAUCAAGAAGGAGUCACUCCUACAGUCUUAACUCAAGAAAAGGCUGUAGCAAUCUUGAAAGAUGUUUUCACUUCUGCAGCUGAAAGAGAUAUAUACACAGGUGAUGGAAUAAGUAUUAAAAUUAUUACCAAGGAUGGAAUAAAAGACUCCAGUUUUGCUUUGAGAAAAGAUUAAUAGAAAUAAGAACAAGCAUUUAUAUAUAUUGUGCAAAUAAAGUUAUUUCAGUAUCUCAA